AUGGGCUGGACAACAUUGCCGACAGUUGUAACGCGAGAGAAGGCCAGCGGUAGUGCAAUUGGGAUGGGUGACUACCUCUGUUUGCUUCGGCUUCCAACGAUGGUGGCUGCGGUCUUCGUCGGAGGAGUGAUCGAAAGCAUGAGGAGAUGGUCGUCGGCUAAUGGUGAUGUUGCAACUGCAUGGUCAACAUCAGUGAUGCGAGGGUCUAAAACGGAGGCAGUUGGAGAUUCCGGUGAGGACGCUGUUGGAAGCGAUAUCGCGGUCGGCGUUGUCUAUGAGGAUGGAUCCAAAUCCUCUUUUUGCUUCUGUGCUUUUUUCCAAUUUCUUCUAUUCUUCCCUCAAGCAAGAACUUAUGUUAACAACAAAAACAAACGAGUCAAUCCUGUUGUUAUUAAUUUAGAUUAA